GCCGCGGGCUGCGCUUUCGGCUCGGGUGGGGGCGCGCGGCCCCGCUGGUGCAGCUCGGGUCCGCCAGCAGCCCCCUCCCCGCCGCCCGAGCCCCUCCCCCGGUCCGGAGCCCCUCCCCGCGCGCUUCCCCUCGCUCCCUCCCUUCCCUUCCCUGCCUGCCCGGCCCUGCCUCUGCCUCCUGCGCCCGCAGCCUCCGCCAGCGCCGAGCCCCCCGGGGCCUGAGCGCGGCGAAGGGGCGCCGCCGGCCCUCCCCAGCGGGCUGACAGCAGGCUCCGGGCCCCCUCCCCGUCCCCUCGCCGGUGGGACACACCCCCGCCCCUCCUCUCCUCCGUCAGUUCCCGCCGGACCCACCCGGCGGCGGAGAGAGCGGGCAGGCGAGUCGGAGCGCGGCGGAGGCGCGGGAGAGAAGGGGCGCGGGCAGGCCCACCCGGAGCCGCCCGGGGCGCACUGAGCCCGCCUGCCCUCCGGGACCGUCCCCCGCCCCGGCGCAGUGCCCGAGGGAGCCGGGAGUCGGGGCAGCGGUCGGCGCGCCGGGCCAGGGUGGCGGGGGGCCCCGGGCAGCGGGAGAAGGAGCCGGAGCCCGGCCGGGAUGAGAAGGUGACGCCGCCGGGGGGCGCCACUCGCUGUGUGUGGGAAGAUGCUCGCCUACUGCGUGCAGGAUGCUACCGUGGUGGACGUGGAGAAGCGGAGGAACCCCUCCAAGCACUAUGUAUACAUCAUCAACGUGACCUGGUCCGACUCUACCUGCCAGACCAUCUACCGGAGGUACAGCAAGUUCUUUGACCUGCAGAUGCAGCUUUUGGAUAAGUUUCCCAUUGAAGGUGGCCAGAAGGACCCCAAGCAAAGGAUCAUCCCCUUCCUCCCAGGCAAGAUCCUCUUCCGGAGAAGCCACAUCCGGGAUGUAGCUGUGAAGAGGCUGAAGCCCAUCGAUGAGUACUGCCGGGCACUUGUCCGGCUGCCUCCCCACAUUUCUCAGUGUGAUGAAGUCUUUCAGUUCUUUGAGGCCCGACCAGAAGAUAUCAACCCCCCAAAAGAGGACUAUGGCAGUUCCAAGAGGAAAUCAGUGUGGCUCUCCAGCUGGGCUGAGUCUCCCAAGAAGGACGUGACAGGUACUGCCCGGUGUCCACGUGCCGACGCCAACGCCGAGCCCAUGAUCCUGGAACAGUACGUGGUGGUGUCCAACUAUAAGAAGCAGGAGAACUCGGAGCUGAGCCUCCAGGCGGGGGAGGUGGUGGACGUCAUUGAGAAGAACGAAAGUGGCUGGUGGUUUGUGAGCACCUCUGAGGAGCAGGGCUGGGUCCCUGCCACCUACCUGGAGGCCCAGAAUGGCACUCGGGAUGACUCAGACAUCAACACCUCCAAGACUGGGGAAGUGUCCAAGAGACGCAAGGCCCAUCUGCGGCGCCUGGAUCGCCGGUGGACCCUGGGCGGGAUGGUCAACAGGCAGCACAGCCGAGAGGAGAAGUAUGUCACUGUGCAGCCAUACACCAGCCAAAGCAAGGACGAGAUUGGCUUUGAGAAGGGCGUCACCGUCGAGGUGAUCCGGAAGAACUUGGAGGGCUGGUGGUACAUCAGAUACCUGGGCAAAGAGGGCUGGGCCCCAGCGUCCUACCUGAAGAAGGCCAAAGAUGACCUGCCAGCCCGGAAGAAGAACCUGGCAGGCCCCGUGGAGAUCAUCGGGAACAUCAUGGAGAUCAGCAACCUGCUGAACAAGAAAGCAUCUGGGGACAAGGAGACUCCACCAGCUGAAGGGGAGGGCCCUGAGGCCCCCAUUGCCAAGAAGGAGAUCAGCUUGCCCAUCCUCUGCAAUGCCUCCAACGGCAGUGCCCUGGGUGUCCCCGAGAGGACCAUCUCCAAGCUGGCCCAGGGAUCUCCAGCUGUAGCCAGGAUUGCCCCUCAGAGGGCCCAGAUCAGCUCUCCCAACCUAAGGACAAGGCCUCCUCCACGCAGAGAAUCCAGCCUGGGGUUCCAACUGCCGAAGCCACCAGAACCCCCUUCUGUUGAGGUGGAGUACUACACCAUCGCCGAAUUCCAGUCGUGCAUUUCUGAUGGCAUCAGCUUUCGGGGUGGACAGAAGGCAGAGGUUAUCGAUAAGAACUCAGGUGGCUGGUGGUAUGUGCAGAUUGGUGAGAAGGAGGGCUGGGCACCUGCAUCAUACAUCGAUAAACGCAAGAAGCCCAACCUGAGCCGCCGCACGAGCACACUGACCCGGCCCAAGGUGCCUCCACCAGCACCGCCCAGCAAGCCCAAAGAGGCCGAGGAGGGUCCUGCAGGUGCUGGUGAGAGCCAGGACUCCCCACAGAAGUUCAAGUAUGAGGAGCCCGAGUAUGACAUCCCUGCAUUCGGCUUUGACUCAGAGCCAGAGCUGAAUGAGGAGCCAGCAGAAGACAGAGCCUUAGGGGACCGGCAGCCCGCCCAGCCCUGCAAGCCCUCACCUGCCUCCUCACUGCAGCGGGCCCGCUUCAAGGUGGGCGAGUCUUCAGAGGAUGUGGCCCUGGAGGAGGAGACAAUCUACGAGAACGAGGGCUUCCGGCCGUGUGCAGAGGACACCCUGUCAGCUAGGGGCUCCUCUGGGGACAGCGACUCCCCAGGGGGAUCCUCUCUGUCCCUCGCCAGGAAAAACUCACCCAAGUCAGGCUCACCCAAGUCGUCAUCACUUCUGAAGCUCAAGGCAGAGAAGAAUGCCCAGGCAGAACUGGGGAAGAACCACUCCUCAGCCUCUUUUUCCUCCUCCAUCACCAUCAACACCACCUGCUCCUCUUCCUCCUCCUCUUCCUCCCUGUCCAAGAACAGUGGUGACCUGAAGCCCCGCUCAGCCUCGGACGCAGGCAUCCGUGGCACUCCCAAGGUCGGGGCAAAAAAAGAUGCUGACGUGAAGGCUGGGCUGACCUGUACCCGGGCCAAGCCAUCGGUCCGGCCCAAACCGUUCCUGAACCGGGCUGAGUCACAGAGCCAAGAGAAGAUGGACAUCAGCACUUUACGGCGCCAACUGAGGCCCACAGGCCAGCUGCGGGGAGGUCUCAGGGGCUCAAAGAGUGAGGACUCAGAGCUGCCCCCUCAGACAGCCUCCGAGGGUCCCAAUGAGGGACCUAGGAGAGGCUCAGCUGACCUUAUCACACCCCUAGCCACUACUCCCCUGUGUCCCACCAAGAAGGAAGGGGGAGGGCAGGCCACCUUCUACAUGACAUGUAGUGCCUACCAGAAGGUCCAGGACUCGGAGAUCAGCUUCCCCGCAGGCGUAGAGGUGCAAGUACUUGAGAAACUAGAAAGUGGGUGGUGGUAUGUGAGGUUUGGGGAGCUAGAGGGCUGGGCCCCCUCCCACUACUUGGUGCUUAACGAGAGCGAGCGAGCUGACCCUGCUGGCAAAGAGCCGGAUGCAGUAACUACCAAGAGCAAACAGAACGAGGGCAAGUCAGACAGCCUGGAGAAGAUGGAGAGGCGAGUGCAAGCGCUGAACACCGUCAACCAGAGCAAGAGGGCCACGCCGCCCAUCCCCUCCAAGCCCCCUGGGGGCUUCAGCAAGACCUCAGGUGCCGCAGCCGUGAAGAUGAGGAAUGGUGUGAGGCAGGUGGCAGUCAGGCCUCAGUCGGUGUUUGUGUCCCCACCACCCAAGGACAACAAUCUGUCCUGUGCCCUGAGGAGGAACGAGUCACUCACAGCCACUGAUGGCCUCCAUGUUGUCCGCCGGAACUCUUCCUUUAGCACUGCUCGCUCAGCAGCCGCAGAGGCCAAGGGCCGCCUGGCUGAACGGGCUGCCAGCCAGGGCUCAGACUCACCCCUGCUGCCCACCCAGCGUAAUGGCAUCCCUGUGUCACCCGUGCGUCCCAAACCCAUCGAGAAGUCCCAGUUCAUCCACAAUAACCUCAAAGACGUGUACAUCUCUAUUGCGGACUAUGAGGGCGAUGAGGAGACAGCAGGCUUCCAGGAGGGAGUAUCCAUGGAGGUUCUGGAGAGGAACCCCAACGGCUGGUGGUACUGCCAGAUCCUGGAUGGAGUGAAGCCCUUCAAGGGCUGGGUACCCUCUAACUACCUUGAGAAAAAGAACUGAUGGGAGCAUGGUGUCCUUCCAGCCUUGGUUUGCCACUGUAGCUGACCCCGGCUAAAUAAAAACAGCGAUAUAAAAACAGAAGGAAAAGAUGGGAGGGGUGGGGUGUGGAUGACACAAAUCCCUGCAGAAUGUGUGACCUCAGAGAUGCCCCUCCAGGCUGGAAGGCGGGGGAUGAUGAGGACCCACAUUGAGUAGGGAACAAUGGGCCAGGGAAUCUCAGGCCUGGGACCCAGAGCUGAGAAAGCUGAGACCCACGGAUGCACCUUGGUGACCUUGCUGAUGGACUGUGUGCCAUUUGGGACAGGCUACAUGAGAAUCCCCAAUUGUGCCUUUGCUGCAAAUCUGGACGAGAUUUCAGAGAGGGCCUCUGGCGCUCUGCCCCUGCUUGGCCCAGUUUGCAUUGCUGGCAUCUUGGCAUGGGAUGUAGCCCUGUAUCAUCCUAAUCUAUGUUUGUGAACUGUGCUGGUUUCCCAGAACUGCCACUACCCCCCACAGGUGGCUGUGUUAGAAGACAUCCCUGGCUCUGGGGCUCAGAGGUAUCUCAUAGCAGCUCUAGUCUGUUCCAAACUGGACCAUUGUCAAUGUCUGUUAGUUGAAGAGAAGCAGUUCCCAGGGCCCUGCAAGGACCACCUUUCAUAGCUGUCACUGUCCUGGCCCUGAGAAGAGAGUCACCCUCAUCAGGGCACCCUGCAGAGGACACAGUCAAUACUAGAGUUUAUAGCGAGGGUGAGGCCAUCAGUUUGUCCAUAAUCUGCCCAGACUAUUGUGGGUAUUUCUUGGUGGGCAGUUCCUUUGCAUGUUUUAGGAAUUUAUUGAGCUUUGGUUAUAUGUCAGGGCUUUGGGUUUGGUGUUAUUUUUAGGGGUUGUUUGGAGGCUGCUCAGCCUAUAUGGGAAAGGGAGGCGUCGUGGAUGGGCUUUUCUGUUGUACGCUAGUGGAGGGUUAUUUUGCUUUUGUUUUUAUUUCACGUUCUUCCCUCUCCACAGGCCCAAGUAGUUUCAUUUGGUUUCCACUGUGUGGAUGGUGCCGGAACACGGCACUUGCCAGAGGAUCUGGGGCUAUAUGAGCCCCGGGUCGCAGACAUAGCAAAGCAGAGAAACUGUUCUGAUUCCUACCCAGCUUCCGUCAGGGGAGUGCAGAGACCCUCCCCCAGAGAGAGGAGAAUGUCGUUCAGGACCCAGAUGUUUGGAGAGGAGGCAGCUCUCUGGCUGCUGGGUGACCACCAUCCUACAUCUGCUCUCCCCGCUGGGCAGGGCCACAGCCUUAUAUAUGAACUGUGGAAAAGCAGCCGUUGCCUUCCCAUGGGCUGAGGGGACCUCAACUGGGCCCCCUGGAUCAGACUGGAGCCAACACCAUCAGCCACCCACUCUGGCCUGCUGGCAAUACCAUAGGUGCCCAGGAAGAUGGAGGAUCCUCAUGCCAGGAGCCACCCUGGUCUUCCCAAGGGGCAGGGCCCCAGUGAAGAGAGAAGCAAGAAAAUAAAGUUACCUGUAGGUCCUCUGUCACCUUUGGGUUGUGUUUUUCGAGUGCUGACAUUUCAGAGGGGACCCUCCAGAAGCCCAGCUUGCUUCCCCAAGGAGUCAGCCUUUGCUGGGAGUGGAUUUCUACAUGUGCCUUUGAUUUUGGACAGAUCGGGCUUCACAGCCACCGAUUCAGCUGCCAGAAUCCCUGGACUAAGGGUUGGUAUUUUCUAUAGAGAAGGAAAGGCCCUCCCUCAUCCUGCUCCCCACCCAGGCAGGUCAGCAUGGGACCCAGCAUCUCAGUGCCAUCAAAACCCUGCCAUACCCAAGACCAUGCCUGGGCAACCCCAGCCCUCGUCCCUCUCUGUACACUGAUGCCCGGCAGCUAUAGCAAACUGCUCGUGUUCUUUGUUAAAGGGCCGUGGUGAGAUUGUUUUGUUUUCUUUGUUGGUUUGUUUAAAACUGAAAUUAGUUAAUUUCUUCUGCUGGACAGUAUUAAAUAGAGCAGAACGUUGAGUUAAUCUGCUAGACUGCAGUACUAAUGGUAGGGGUUUAGUGUCUUCAUAUUAAUAUUAUUUGUACUUAUUUGAACAAUAAUGAUAAAGAAGUGGUUCAUUAUUUUUUAAUUAAUGCACUUUAAAUGAGGUGGAAUGGGAAGAACCCAGAAAGCAAAGUGCAUUACUUAAAGAUGCAGUAUAUACUUUUCUCAUUUUUAAACAGCACAUAUUUAUUAAGAGAAAAAAAUAAUUUAUGAUUAUUUAAAAUAAAAUUUAAAAGUAGAAUAACUGUCCAGUUAAAUAAAGGACCUUCCAUGUAGUUACUUCCAGGGGGAGGGCCCUGCAGCUUCACUCCUCAGAUGCCUGCACUGAGCCAGUUCAGCCACUAGUGCACCAGCCAGGCCAGGAGGGCGUGCAGAGCAUGUCUGCCAAGCACAGAGCAUCUCAGUUGGACUGGACCACUGGGCUCUCCAGAGCCUGCGCCUUUCCUGCCCUCCCCACUGUACUGCCACCCAUGCUCUCUGCCCACCCCCCGCACCCCCAAGAAAUCCUGUCCCCGAUCUUCAGCAUGUUUAAUAAAAGGCAGGGCUAGAAGAGACCUGGGAGGUCACGCCAUCCCAUCCCUUCCUACUAGCCCAAGGACAGGAAGUGACGUUUUGAAAAUCACACAGCCAGCUUAGAGCAGAUCUCCCCACUUCAUUAAUCCUGUGCUCCUCCCACCCCCAUUAUAGUUUAGUGUGUGGUCAUCAUGUUUACAUUUUGACGUCCAGCCCCAAGGAUGGCUGGGAGUUGUUAAAGACAUCCAGGAAAAAAAUGGGGAAUGGUGCCACCUGGUGACAGCAUGUAUAUUGGGCAGUGAAUGGGACUGCCAUGCCCCAGUCUUCACACCUCGUCCCCCUCAUCCUCAUCCCCCAACUCACAGCACAAAUCCUGCAAACCCAAAGAGAAUAUUAAUACUUGAAGCAAAAAGGGUGCAUGCCAGUCCUUCUCAGACAUGGCCAGGGGAUGCCAGGCCUUGUGCCCCUGGACUCCUAGCCCUACCCGGGGCAAGAGGGCCUUUCCCUAGAGCUACUGAGCUGCUUUGUGAUGUUGAAGGGUACUGCCAGCAGCAGGCAGAGGAGGGGGCCUGUGGUUCUGACCCAUCUGGAGGAAAACCAGAUCGGACUAAAAAUGGAAAAAGAAAACAUGAAAUCUCAGCAGUGUCCAAACCUAGUUUUCCAUUAGUUGCAAUUGAAAUGUGAAAUGACAUUGUAUGGCUGUAUACUGCAACUUUAAUCAUAAUGAGCCCUUCUGAGGUCAUUAUUGAGGUUUAUAUAAUGCCUGAAGAUGCAUCAUUUGGUGCUUUUUAUUUUAGUUUAAAGACCUUUUACUUUUAUUCCAAGGAGAAAAAAAGUUUCCAUCACUCUUCCAUCUCGUCUGUCUUUAUAAUAGCAGGCUGGCCCUGUGGCCUGGCUCCCCCAUGCUGUUCCUACUAGAACAUGGGACCUCUGGGAGCAAAAGAGCUAGACAGGGGCAACCCUGAGUGGCCAAAGUGCCUCAUGCCCUGGGUUACCCCUGUGCCCCGCGGCUGUGGCCAGGCUAUCUCUCCAGGCCUCAGCCCCAUCCACCCCCAACCUGGACCCAAAGGUUUCUCUUCCUUCUCAAUUUUCCAUCUUGACGAAGGCAUUAUAUAGAAUCAUUUUAAUCACUUUCAGAUGUUAGAGCAGCAUUUUACUGGCAUUUAUAUUCAUUGCUUUCCUCAGAAAGGCAUGUUACUACUUUUAUCAUCUAAGGGAAAAAGACAAGGGAAUUUCAGGCAAGCAUUGUUUCAUAUUACUAGUGUUUGCAGAGUAGGUGUAGAACUAUUUAAAGUUUAGACCUUGGUCUGGUAGUUUGUUUUUUAGGGGAAAAGAUAAAAUAACCCCUAUUUUUCCUGUUUUUGUAUUUAACUAAUAUAUUAUUUCUUUAAGGUUACUCACUUCCCUACCCCCUCCAAAUACUUUGCAUUCUCAAUUGAAAAUGGAAACAAUCCAAGAGACAGGAAAAGUGCAAUAUUACCAGCUGGAGGCCGGGGCUCGCUGGGCACAAUGGAGAGAGAGCCAGUGGCCCAGUCGGCAGGGGAGGGGUGGGCUGCUGAAGGGACCCUAACUGUGGAAUGACAGACGAGUUGGUGGAGUCUGAUCUUGUUGCUCCUUCCCUUCUCCCCUCCCAGAUGGCAGCCCCUUUUCUAUUGGGUGUUGUCCACCCAGAAGAAAGGGAUUCAGGGAAGUGGCACUGGGCCCUAACUCCUGGGGCCCUGGUCCCUGGAGCACAGUGAGGACAUCAGGAACCGUUUCUUGUUUUCAUUUCUAUUGUUUUGCAGCCAGCUGCUCAGAGAUCUGACCUAAAAAUGACUCCCGGCAGCCCCUCUCUUACCCCAGUCUCCUGAUGUUUGGGUCAUGAUCCUUUUGAUGUAUGUUUGAAUCUUUCUAAAACUAUGUAACCUCAGUUCAGUUUAUGGGCAGGAACCCUAGAGAUAGCCAAGUCUUUUGGGGGGAGGUGUGGGUGCCAUGAGCCCUACAGAUCCCAGUGAGACACCAGUUCCCACAAGCCUGCAGUGGGCCUGCGGCUGAGCCUGGGUCACCUGUUCAUCUCAGUGACUUCAGCCCAAGGAGUGAGCCCUGCCCCUGUUGCACACCCUGACAGCAUGCAAGCGUUCGUGGAGGGGAGUCUAAGGGGUCUGCUUAGGACAGAACAUCCCACAACAGGUACCAAACUGGCCACCUCCCUUGUCUCCAAGAGAGAAGGCAGCAGAACAGGAGUCUCCUGGGGCCAUGCCCUUGGAGCUCUGCCCUGCAGGGUGAGAGGGACAUCCCUGUUGGCUUGUCCCCCGGCCUCCAGUACUGUACGCUUGCUGCUCCAAACCCUUAUUUGGUGAAUUUCUGUACAGAUACAUAUCUCUCUGCCCAGGGUGGGACUGUACUCCUGUGUGGGUCUCUCCCUUGGAGUACAUCCAUCCAUAUACUCAACCUUUGAAAAUCUCGAUGCAGAGUUCUCUGGAAAGGGAACUGUCCAUGUCACUAAAGAAUUAAGAUUCCCUCACUUUUUUGAGGGCUAUGUUGACAAAGAAUGUGUGUGUGUGUGUGUGUCUGUGUGUGUACAUGCAUGCAUGAGUGUUGGUAAUUUCCCACUUGAACUAAGUAACAUGGGGUUAGAGAAAAAAAAUACCGGGCAAGCUGUCUCCAUUGAACAAGUCCUUGGCAUUGGGCAGGUCCCAAGGGACUUGCAGCUUCUGGCAGCAAGUGUGUGCUAUACACACACACACAAUUCUGGCUGGAGAGUGCAAUGUGUUUUUUUGUUGUAAUUAUUUUAUUAAGUAUUUAGUUGGAAACUUCACACUGGCAUUAACAGAUCUAGCGGAAGCAUCCUAGGCCAUCGUCCCUGGCUCCAAAAUGAAGAUGUGGAAAAGAGAAGUUGUUGGGUGUGAACAUGCUGAGGUGGAUCAGUGAGUCCACCCACCUGCGGACGUGUCGUCCAGCAGGCUGACUGCCACCCCUUACCCAUGUCAUCGGUACAGAGCUGCUUGCCCCUUGCUUCUUGUCUCUGAGGGAGGGGCAGGCUGGCUGGGGUGGGACUUGCUCCUGGUGCACCCAGCGAGGCCUGCAUGUGUGCACACAUCAGCACCUCCAGUCUGGAUUGUGGGGCCUGAUGAACACUCCUGGGAGUAGUGUGGAGGGUUCCCCUGGACCCCAAUGAGCUUUCUUGGCUCAAUCAUCCCUGUUUGGGGCAGGCUCACAUCUUUGUGGUUCCAAAGCUCUAUGACUAGAGCCAGUGAGAAGACAGGGUCAGUGACCCACAACUUUGGGGCGAAAUAGCCCCACUCAUUUUAACUUCCUAUUAGCUUCGUCCUGCACACCUAGGUCCCCAAGCCACAAGGUGGGCAUGUUGGUGCUUAUAGACCGGGUAGAGGGUUCUACCUUCCAAGGCCUUGGUCCCAGCCUGCCUAUAAGUUUGAGAUUCACAUGUGAUCCUCUCCUUCCUGACCCUAUCUUUUUAAAUCUGAAGUUUGCACUUGGCCUUGACAAUCAGCACCCUCUCCCAUCCCAGUCCUCAAACUUAGUGGCCUUAGAGAACGAGGCCCCCUACAUUGAAGGUCCCUGUCUUACUCCCAGUUCCAUCCUUGCCAAGGGGCUGGGCCUCAAGAAGUGAGGGAAAGAGGAAGAAUUGUUUUUUAGAAUGAAAGGAUGGAUCAAGCACGUUGGAGGCAAGUGAGAGGCAUGUCAGCGAGACAAGUGAUGAGUGUGGGUAUGUUUUGGGUGGCUAGAGCCUACUGUCCCUUCUCUGGGAAGGAGGCCUCCAGAAGAGGAUGUCUUCUAGGCAGGAAAGGUGUGAGAAGGCUGAAGAGGGUUUGGAGUUUUGUCUUUGUUGAUUAGAAGGAAAGAAGUUGAUUCUGAGUAUUGCAGGGAGAAGAGAGCAGGCAGGAAAGGAAUUUAGCAACUCAAAACGCAAGAGUCCAGCUGGAGAGCAGGUUGGAAAAUCCUCCAAAUUUGGCCAUAGAAGCUAGCUAAAAUUUACCUUGCCACUCAGGCCACAAGCUUGGUCCCAAGCAGGUCUCAAUAAAUUGUUGGUCACGGAUGUUGUAUAGAAAGAAAAUUGCCAGU